UCUAAGCUAAUACCGAUUACCGAACCCGGGUAGGCUAUACGGAAAAUUUAUUUGUCAAACCUGAACAUUGAACUAAUUUAUUCAGAUUAACGUAUCAGGCUCUUGUGGUUCCAAAGUAAUCAUAACCAAGUUUUUCUAAUAAUAGCUUAUUCUCUCACAAUGAAACUGAUCACUUUAUUGCUAGUAGUUUUAUUUCAACACUGUUCGUGUCAAAACUUCCAGGAUGGACUUGCUCUGGAUGGGCAGCUGAUUGUUGUCAUCGAAGAUAAUCUGAGCAGCACAAGUGAAGAAGGGAACACAUGGGAGGAACGAUCAUUGGUUACAGUGAGGAGUGCAAAACUUGGCCAAGUUUCUAUUUCUCAUACUCGUCCCUGGAAUGAAAAACUCUCCAAGAGCCUUCAGAAGCUUUCCAAGUCUGGUGAUUUCUACAAGCUGCGGUUACACCAACAAGGCAGCAAAGAGCCAAACUUUGUCUACACUUUUGCUGAUGCUUGCCAGCUGUACGCCAGUGGCAUGCGAGAACACAUCAACCUCAUGAUCGACACCACGCCCUCCGCUGGUCUGCUCAGCCAGAGUUUGGUGGGCGCGAGUUUGUAUUCCCCGGAAGGCAGGCUCUGUCAUUCCGACGUCAGUCGUUCCAUCAAGGGAUACAAUUCUACUGUAUCAGUCCGCACUCCUGUUCCUGGCACUGUACCUGACACCGCUACUUACAUCCAGCGGAUCGAGAUGGCGAAUAAGGAGAAAGCAGAAAAUAAAGACAACCGCUCAUUCUUCGCCAAAUAUUGGAUCUACAUCAUCCCUGCCGUACUGCUGCUCAUGGUCAGUGGGGGCGGACAAGAAGGUGGACGUUAAAUGCCGUCCACUGUUCAUCAUCUAUUUCACCCUCAUCCAUUUUAGCAAAAUUCGCUCCUUGCACUUUGACCAAGCAUCUUCAAGUUCAACAUUAACAUUAGAGCGUUAUGUGAGGCUUAUUUAUUUUAAUUUAUAGAUGGAACAUUUGAUAUCGUUGUCGAAUUUUAUUUUUGUUUCAUUUUUAAACAAUUUCUACCAUUUUUCUUAAGGGAAAAGCUAGAUUUUACAAAAAGUAGUUUAUGAAUUUUGGAUUUUUACGGUAAAAAUUCAGCAAGUAGCUAAUGUUAUUAAAGACUCUUCAUAUUCCUACCAACUCAAGAUCAUGUUUCAAUCUGUCUUAGUUUGUGAAAUAUCUGCAAGAUUGUACUUUGUGGAAUUAUUCGCAAGGCCUUGUGGUCUGAUUGCACAUGAAAUGUCAUUACCGAUACAUUAAUUGCGUGGCUCUUCAUAUUUCGUGGUGAUAGUGGAUUAAGGCAGAACGUACCUAUCUUCGUGUCAAGGUUUACUUCCUCAUGUGCACUUCAUAAAAAUUUAAUGUGAGCAUUGUCA